AUGUUGAAACUUCAAAGUGAACUGGACAAAUUCAAGCAGGUUUUUAAAAGCUCAAAAGGUAAAAUCUUGGACUGAUAAGGAUCAAAUCCUACCGUAGAUAGUUAUAGUACAGGGGAUCCUACGUACCAAACACAGCCAACGAGUGAAGUUGUACGUCAUGAAAAAAAAAAAAACAACAACAACAAAUAAACAAACAAACAAAAACAAAAUUUGAGGAAAAACUUUUGUUGAUUUGUAGUUGUUGGGUGGAUUAGGAGUUGUAUGGUGAUAUGUACCUUUCCAUGUUGUGAACAUGAUUCAUUACCUGCCUGUGUUUUGUGCUGUUCAUGUAUAUGUUACAGUUACAGGUCAAAAUUAUACAUCCGUCAAUUCCACCUGUUCCCAGCCUGAUUGACUGAUGCAUUAAUUUAUAAGUAUAUAUAAGUUCAGGUUAAAAAUUUUUAACCUAGAUUGAUUCUCAGGUUAAAAAUUUUUAACCUAGAUUGAUUCUCAAUUAAAACGCAAGAAAUUCGAAAUUUUGUUUUUUGCCUUUUAUCUCCCAAUCACUUAGGCAUGACGCGUACUGUCCUAUUAAACUGUCCAAUUAAGGCUGAAAUCAGGGCAGUUGACAGCCAAUCAGAUUUGACAAUUUUGUUAUAGUUAUGAUUAUUCAUGAAAUAGGGCUAGGAUACAAAGGAAUUGAGAAUCAACCCAAGUUAAAUAAUUUUAAACUGAAUUUUAUUUUGACCUGUAACAUAUAUAAACUAGUUUUGUUAUCAUACAGAGUCUCAGAACUGGAUAAAGAGUGAACAAGUGUGUAGAUGUACUGACCAAGAGUUUGAUGAUCUACUGAGUUCUCUUACAGCUGUUGUAAGUUUCUAAGUAGCAGUAUAGAGCACUGUUUAUAGCAUACCACCUCCCAUUUUGCACUUACCUGUCAACUCUCAAGCAUUGUGCAUGAGUCCUUGGAUAAAUAUUAUUUUGCUUCAACACAUAAAAUAUUGAAAAAAAAUGCUUAAUGUUGACUUUGUGGCCUAACCGUAUCACAACACGCUAAAAUUGUCACCUAUUAAAUGGCUUCAGAAAUGCCCAAAGGUCAUCAGAACAUCUUCAAAUAUUUUUAACAAGGUUCCAAAGUCUUCGAAGAAUCAUCCAAAAUCUUUGGAAGUCGCUGGGACAUUUUCAGAAAUCCCGGUCGUGACAAGAUAAAAUCUCAGACAUUUGACUCAGAAAAAGUUGACAGGACUAUAGAACACCAGCCUUUUAAGUGGAAGGUCUCGGAUUUGAACUACAGCUGGACCAUCAAGCAGGGUCUAUAAAACCUAAUAAGAUGAUGCUGGCUGUGAUUUAAGUCCUUGGCUCAGUGUCGCAGUCUGGUAACAUGAAGCUAUUGGGGUUUACUCUUGACAUUUUAAAUUCUCCUUUACUUCACAAGAAAAUACAAGGCAAUUAAUUAAAGGAGAAUUCAGAAGCUUAUCAUAAGCCCUUUGGUAGCUGCAUUAAUUUGACCCUGAAGAUGACUACCGCACAGGUUGUCGAAAUGUCAGUCACUGUCAACAACAAAAAUCCUAUCCAGGACUACGAUCACCCGGAUGGUCAUACUCAACCUACUUAGGAAAUGACUCCUGGGUUCAAUCCUUUUGCAGUUUUAGGGUAAAAAGGAGCAGUUUGACUUUACCAUUCCCAGAUUUGAAUUUUGUUGUUAAUUAAUUAAUUAUUUAUUCAUUUUUUUUGUAGGAACUUGAGGCUACCACUCUUAUUCUUCAAAGGCACAUUGAUUUAGAGCAACAAAUUUGGAAAUGUUUAGAUAAUCUAAAAACAGUGCAGAGGUAUAUUAAGCAAAAAUAUGUUAAUACCUGUACUUUUUUCUUAUAAUAAAAUAUUAAUAAUUAGAUAUUAACCCUUUUAGCCCCAGUAUUCACAAGCAAAUUCUCCAAACUGAUCUCCAUACAUUUCCUUAAAGAAUGAGUUGAGAGAAUUUGAUAAACGAUCAAGGCAUUUUUACUUGGGUGAUCAUUUUAUUAAUUCUCAUAACUUAUCUGUUGACAAUGUAUGGAUAUUGUUAGGAGAAAAUUCAUCUUGGUCACUAUUGGGACUUAAAAGGUUAAUUAUAAUGCCUUUCUUUACCCUCGGCAGUUUAAUAGCACAAAGGCUAGUGGGGCUGAGCAAACAACUCUGGCAAAAAAAAAAAAUGAAAUAAACAUAAUAGGGUUAAAACCUCCCUCUGGCUGGGCAAACCACUUGGCUGUGUUAUAAGCGUGAUCAAGGAUUCGACCUUAGGACUACUGAGAAGAAAACCAGCUACAGCUGUAGUUGUCAGGGUGGAACGUUAACUCAGGGCCUCCAAUUAUUAUGGAAGUCCAGUGCUCUAACUGCUCACUACACUGCCUUCCUCUCGCUGAGAAUAGUGGAAUUUUUGUUUUAUCUUGUUGUAAAUAUUUAUUCCACUGUAAAUUGAUUUUAUUAGUGGAUGGGAAGGAAAGACCAUUGAUGUCACUGAAAAACUUAUUGCAAGUCAGACCAAGGUAGCAAGACUCAGAAGCAGACUACUACGUUGUAUCACUCAGGUAACAAAAACGUGCUUGGAACCUGCAUGACUUGUUUAAGGAGCUGCGUCAUGAAGUUUUCCAAAAUUCAGACAUGGGGAACUGCCACCAAACUGAGUGAAACAUAAAAAUAACUGCUUUAAACAUUAAUAGUGACCAACAGCAAUUUUCUCCUAAUAAUAUCCAUACAUUGUCAAGAGAUAAGGUUAUGAGAAUUAAUAGAAUGAUCACCCAAGGGAAAAUGCCUUGAUCUUUUAUCAAAUUCUUUCAAGUAAUUCCUAAGAAAAUCUAUGGAGAUCAGUUUGGAGAAUUUGUAUGUGGAUAUUGGGGCUUAAAGGGUUAAGAAGACUGAAGUGGAUUGCAAUAGACCUCUUUAGCUUGUAUGUUAUGUUUUCCCAAUAUAAGCCAUGUAAUAAUACUCUAGAGAACUGUUUCUUUCAAAUUAAAAUUUUUCAUCAGUAUUGGUGUCAAGGCCAAUGUUGUAGCUAAUUUGACCAAAAACUUGGUCAAGAAAGAAUAAUAUAUAUUUCAGUAAUGGUGAGAAGAACAUUAUUUUUUGAAAGAGCAAAGUGAGUAAUGGAGAAAUAGCUCGAUCUUUUCAGCUAGAGUUGUCAGUAACAUUUAUUUUAAAGACUAGAGUCAUUUUAAUCGUUUUCUGAAUAUUGUUUUGUUAUCAUGUCUUCCAGCAACUUCACAAGAAUGGAUCGAUGACAAUGAAUCUCCCAGCUUGGUCAGGAAUAGAUGUUGAUAAUAAACAGAAAUUGGAAAAUCCUCUUGAAACAGAAAAAACAGAACAAGGCAUAAACAUAAAAGAUCAGCCAGGUCCUGCUAAAGAAAAUCCAGUUGAGGCCACAAAGCGAGCAUUUGUCGAGCCUGAGGAUUUAACAUAUUCAAAUGUUGGAGAGGUACAAGAGCUAAAGGCUGCGCAAUCUAACCAAGUGCCGCAAGAUUACAGUGUGUCACCUCACAAGGAAGAGCCAGUGGCCAUGGAGAAUGGUGAUAAAGAAAGCAAUGUUUAUGAAACUCUGUGUCCAGUGCAAACUGGACCCUCGCAGCUAGUUCCACCUACAAAACCACUUCCCUAUUCAUUGUCAAAGAAGUCAAACAGCACCUCUGGUGAUGAUGGUAGCGUGAGACAAACUCAAAAGGUACCAAGCAUGUUUUUCAUUGUAAAAAAUUUCAAUGGUACCUUUUUUAAAAUUAUGUGUCUGUCCACCUUGUUUACAUCUAAGAACAUGGUCUUCAGGUGAAUUGCAAUAUUGCUACUGAUUACUUGCCAAAUUGAAGCGUGUAGAAUUUUUACUUUGCCUGCCCUGUAAUGCAUAUGAACUCAUGUAAGCACGGUAAUUAUUGUUCUGCUGCUCAAUAGAUCUGCUACAAAGGUGACAUCAUUAUUAUUGCACAACACAAAAUUACCAUAAACAAGACAACAUUUUAAACAGCUGACUUUUUGGAUCAGUUAAACUACACAAUAAUUUUUUUUUAAAAAAUUGUACAAAAAAAAAAUUGUUCUGCUGCUCAAUUUAUCUGCUACAAAGGUAACAUCAUUAUUACUGCACAACACAAAAUUACCAUAAACAAGACAACAUUUUAAACAGCUGACUCUUUGGAUCAGUUAAACUACACACUAAUUUUUUUAAAAAAAAUUGUACAGUUUUAAUUAAUGUGUAUAAAAUGCAAUCUAUUUAAGUAAAAUAAACAGCCAGGGAAUCCUUAAAGAAAUUUCAUCGUUUGUUACAGCAGGAUUUGCCAUUGGAAAAUGAAAUAUAUUCAAGCACAUCCAUGGCUUUCAGCACAUUACUGAUUAAGAAGAAAAAGACCUUGAUGCUUAUUCUUAACUGUUUUUUAGUUUAAAAUAGAAAAAAAAAGGUAUUAUUUCCCUUGAUAUGUUUUUUUGUUCAUUCAAACAGGAUGAAAAAUCGACAGCGGAUGCUGAGCAAGUAGAUGAGGAAGAUGCCUGGGUCGUAGAGAACCACCACAUACAGGACUGGGAUCCUGUGAGUACAUACAUGUAUAUCAAAACACUCCUGACAAAAUACUUUAACAAAUGGAACCAUGAUUGAAAUAGCUAUAUCCUCUGGACCAACAUAACAUAUUAGACCAAGAGUUGAUUUACGUCAUUCAUACCACUUGAUAUAAUUUUUGCAUAUUUGGUAUAAUUAUUUUGUUUUCAGCAAAGUAUGAUAAUUGUAUUUGUAUAGGUAAUAGCAUGAUUUGUAGGUGAUAUUUGGCAUAAAUACCACGAGUGAUAUUUCAAAAUUGUUAUACGUAAUUUGAGACAAUUUUGAAAUAUCACAAGUGGUAUUUAUGCCAAAUAUCACCUACAAAUCAUGCUAUUAUUUGUUUAUACUACUACCGACAAAAGGCUUGUAAUUUUCACAUGUAGGUAUUUCAAAUUAAGCUGAAAUACCACUGCUCUAAGCCAAUCAAAUUGCAGAAAUUUCUCAUGUAGUAGUAUCAGAACUUGAAAUCUGCUUCGAAUUUUGGUUUUUGUCUGUUUUAGCGUUGAAUAUACAUGUACAAAGGUGUAUUAAUUAUAAUAUUUUUUUAUGUUUGCUGUGUUCUUCUUUCACAGACACCUGUUCUGGAAGAUUUAUUUGGGAAUGUACACCCUUUGCCUACUCCGUUUGUUGUAAGUGCAUCAGUCUUAAUGUGAUUAAUUUAUUAUAAUACAGGUCUACUUUUCUGCUAUAAAUCAAUGAGUGCUUACCAUUUGUAUGGAAAUCAGGUUAUCCCUCGGAAAAUUCAAAUGGAACAGCUCAUCUCGAUAUUACCCUUUCCCGAUUUUACCAAAAGGACCAGAAUUUUCUGUACCAUUUGUUUGGAUUACCUGUGCCAGGCUUCAUGUUGAGAGAAAUGGACAAAUUUACUGGUAUUUUGUUACUGAUACAACUCAAUCCCAUUCCCGUUUUCGAGGCCAAAAAAAUAACAGUACAUGUACCUUACGACAGAAACAUUUUAAUAGAAAGUUCCAUUAAAAUGGUAAGUGCUCAGUGUCUACUGCUGUGUCUGCUUCAUACAUACAUCAGUGUGUGUUUACACCUUGAUAAUUUGAUUGCCCUUUCAGCCAGCUACUGAACCCAAGGUUGAUAGUAUUCGUAUGGCUGGAUACAUGGAGAAGCUACCAGUUAAAAGUAAUCAGAAAAAGGUAUAUGCAGUAAUGAAAAACCCUGCCAUGAGUAUAGUUCACUGAUCCCACAGCCCCAUCCCCCGUCUGAUCCUCCGUCUCUGCAAGGGACGUCUUCACCAGGAGAGAUGUCUACACCUUGACGACAGGAAUUUCAUACUGACGACAUAAAUCAAUGUUUAUGUAAUAAAUUCACUGGCCUGAUUGCAAAAUGUACUAUCUCCACGCUAUCAGAUGCAACUUUCUUUGCACGACCCCCCCAUGCUGUAAAUUACUUCACUGAUACAUGUAUCCUAAUAGAUAUCUGUCGAUUUUAUCUCUCAGGGUACACUAAUUAGGAGCUGGAAAAAACGUCAUUUUAAGGCUCUCAAAGGAAAGCUGUACUAUUAUGAGGUACCCACAUUUUAUAAAAAAUCUCACUCAAGUUACAAAUGCAGUUAUGUCAUGAAUAAGGCUAAAGCUGUUUCUUUAUGUCUUUCUUUGUUUUUAAAACAGGAUCAUCGUGUUUUAGAACCAUUAGGAUUUAUAAACCUGAUCAACUGUUCGGUAAGAUGAAUUUACCCUUUAACUGAUCCACUUGCAAAUUCCCCAGGCUGAAUCAAUAUAUUUCUUAUAAAAUUAAUGGAUGUUUUUAGUAGAUAAUUAUGUGAGCUGAGUUUGCUAUUGGUUCUCUCCCAUGCUCCGAGAGGUUUUUCUUGGGGUACCCUGGUUUUCCCUUAUUCUCAAAAACCAACACUUCCAAAUUCCAAUUCGAUCUGGAAAGCAUGGACGUGACACGUUUAAACUUGUUCAUAAGAACUCCCAAGUGCUUUGUUAGUAAACAAAUUAUUGUUAAAAGAUCAAAGUAUUUUCUCCUUAAUGACUGUGAUCAUUUUAUUUAUUCAACCUUUUUCGUGAGUAUGUAUUGAUAUUGUUUGGAGAAAUUUGAUGUUGUUCACCCCUGGGACUUAAAAGGUGAACCUUUUUUGUUUGUUAGACUAAAGUACUUCAUAUAAGCUAGAUAUGCAUUUUAUAAAUGGCCGAAGUUAAAAGUUGACUGGUUUUGUGUCAUCAGGUCAAAGUUGAAGAUAAGUUGCUGGAUGUUGCGGAAGAGGUGAGUAAACAAACUCUCUGCUAGCGUAACUCUACUCUCCUCUCCCUCGCAGCUGUUUUUGUCUUGUCACACAACACUUCUCCUUGGAGAGAGCAUUGCGUGACAAGACAAAAACUGCUGUCUGGGACACUAGCCUGACCCAGUCUCUGUGGCUGGUAUUGUUUAUUUAUGCCUCUGUAGAUUAGCUAAUGUUACGUUCAUGGCGUUGUUACAUGUAUGUGACCUAGUGUUUACUGACUGUAUUUCAAGGGUGUGAAAGGGAAGUCAGUGAAGCUGAGAUGUGCUUCGGUUAAGGAAGCAGAAGACUGGAAAGAAGCUCUUGAAGCUGAGUCAGCAGCAUCUGUGGAUAGCAGCACUGUUCCAGAAGAAUCUUCAGCAACUGAGGUACUUAUGAAAAUAAGCCUGGGCAUUUUAGUAGUUUUGCAAACAUGUUGGUUUUGGUUUCCUACGUGAUUGGAUGGAGAAUUUCGUGCUACUUUUUCAACCAGUCUACAAAUAGCGUGGUCGUUUUCGCGCGCCUGGCGGUUGUUGCCUGUACUGCGUGAGUAGAUGCGAUUUGACAGUGUCCUAUUUCGACCUUUCUCCCAGGGACAAAAGACUGUGUAGCCAGUUGUUCCUUGAUUCGUUUCUAAAAGCCGAUCACAACAUUCUUCUUUUACACUUGAAUUAGGUCCGUGUUUCACUGUUUGUCACCGGCAAACAAUGUAUGAAUGUGACAGCUAGAGAUAUAGAAUUUACCUACAUGCCCUUUGGCAAGCAGAAAAUACAUGUAUGAAUGCAUUACUGUUAGUAACAGUUAAAGAAAUUUCCUCUAAAUUUCAGGGCUUGACGAUCAUUAUUGACUUGGGUUCAAGUUCAGUCAAGGCUGGGUUUGCUCAGGAAAAUCGUAUGGCUUUAUUUAUAUAAAUAUUUAUUCACUUUUAUAUUUUCAAUAACCAUUUUGUUUUCAGCAACUUACUCUUGCAAACUAAGGAUAUAGCUCGUGCUAAAACAGUGUUCACAUGGGCUCUUGAAAAAUGGCCCGAGACGCAACGUCUUGUAUAAAAUAAGGUAAUAACGCGUUACAAAAUACCGUGCCAAACAUGCUCGGUUGAUAAAAGAGUUUAUUACAUCACUGAUCAACUAGAAAAACGGGUGGGGAUAAUUCAUGAUGCCUGACAGGAAAGUAGAGCAGGAACAAACUGAAGAAUUUUGUGCGAUGAUUUUUCCUAACAACUAAUUCGUCUUUCUUUCUGUCUCUUUUGUUCAUGUGCUUUUUGCUUAGCUUGGCCUCAAGUGAUAUUCCCAUGUGUCAUUGCUAUGGAUAAAGAGAAUCCGUAAGUUUUCAUUCACUCUCCAAGGUUUAUGGACGUUCCUGUAUUCAUUGUUUUUUCUUCGCAAGUACCCCGUUGUUUGUUAGUGGGCACCUUCCAUGAGGCAAGACCAGUUAAUUCAUAGAUAGAGUACUGUCCUGCUACUUAAUGGUAUACACCGUAGUCAUGGGUUUUGAGUAAAAAGUAUAGAAAGCAGCCUGUUUUGUUUUCAAACCGACCUGUUCGGACCGUUGAAGGCAAGUUUGAAGUGGGCGUAGACCUUGGAGUGCGAGACACACGCGAUAGGGGAAGACACGUGUCUCGUACUCCACGUGCGCUUCAAGCUUUGCUUCGCUUGUCUGAAAAACGCGAUAAUAUAACGCCUUUCCUGCAUGCAGGCUAACUUUUGUUAAGCGUCCUUACUUUGUUUUGUCAUGUUUGUUUGUUCUUGCAGAGAAAACUGUAAAUACGGGCAUGGUGCUCUUCUUCCAGAGACAAGAAAAAGCUCAAGUCUGCGUUUCCCGUUAAGAAAAUCACUGAAAAUUGACAAGGUAAGUUGUGCGAAGAGACAGCAUUACCUGCGCGUUAGAGGCAUAAAAAGUAUGGGGUGCGAAAUAGGCACACAUUUCCCGUGCAACCGUUACAUAGGCUGAAGACAUCCGUAUAGAAAAGGUCUUUUCAUUGGCUCUCUUUUCAAUAGUCUUACUUCAGGUUUUACUUCAGGCAGUCGUUUAUAGUUGUUCAAACUUUCAAAAAAGAUGGAGCAACGAUAUUGUACCAUGAUAAUAAACAGCUCCUGGGGUUACGAUCUGCCGCUCAGUGACUUGUUUUGAAUAGUUUUUCUGCUAGUACAAUUGAACCCCCAUUAAGCGGCCACCCUCAGUUAAGCGGCCUGUAAUCAAAGUCCCGAAAUAAGUGUAGAAAAGAAUGGGAAAUUAAACCUCCUCAUUAAGCGGCCGUGGUCACCUUUGGGCCGUCCCAACGAGAGUUCUCCCAUUGUUGUCACCUCAAUUAAACGGCCAUCAAGCGCUUGAUACACUUAGUUUCGCUUCAUUUCAAGAAUAAGAUGAAGGAAAAUACACUGGGACCAAGACAGAAGGUGACGACCGAUUGUGCACCAGUAAUACUCCUCCGUCGUUCGUUUGUCGCAAAAUUAAUUGAUGUUUCUGCUAAAGAUUCUGCUAAUUUAUGACAAACCUCUAACAAGCGGCCAACCUUUAUUAAGUGACUACUUGCCGGUACCCCGAGGGUUGCCGCUUAAUGUAGGUUCAACUGUAUUCUAGAAUUUUUCUGAAGCAAAUAAUUAACUGCGAAGCUUAUGUCUCUUUUCAGCUCAAGGUCCAUACAAUGGAUCUUAUAGGAAUCCUGGAACAUUUGUUUGACAAACUCAAAGUCGAUCCAACAAAACACAAGGUACAAAAAAACUGCAUCAGAAUCACUUUGCAUUUGUGGGUCACAGCCAGGCACCAGUGCUUCUUGCUAUGGGCCAUUUUCAAGUUGAGCCUGAGACUGGGUGGGAGGUCUCUCGAGUUACACUCUGGGACCGUUUUGGGGAGGCUUCUUUCAUUCGUCAAUUUAGAAACGAGAAGAAAACUGGGCCGAGUUAGCUUUUGCAAAGAAUUAUGGGACUGUUAUUAGGGACAGAGAUAACGGCACGUUUCCAGUAACUAUCCUAGAAACAAUUGUGGGACGCAUUUCGGCUCAAGUUCACUUCACGUUUCUUAAGUAGCGAAACUGGCUUUUUCAAAGUUGCGUAGGAAACUGGGUCCGACUUCGUCACCCAAACAGUCCGAUAGUACUAUUCAACAAUUGCAGCAUCGAUCCUGUUUCAGGCCCGUUAGCUCUAACUGGCCAAUUGGAACAGAAAUGAUAAUGUUUGUUCCAUUGCAGGUGAUAAUGACAUUACCGCAUGGCUCAGGGCCACAGGAAAAGGUAGGCAAACAAGUUUUAGAGGUGGAAACUUCUAAACAGAGGAGAAAAAUUCUAGGGUUUAUCAGUGGCACAUUCUGGAUACCCUGCGGAACAUUUUCAUCCUUUUGUUAGAGAUUCUGACAUUCCCUAGCCUGCGCCUCUGCUCGCCGGGGAGACGCUCACGACACCGAGUUUCUACAAUGUACCAUCCCAUGUUCACGCUAUACAAGACACAGGCGGUCCAAACUCACGUUACGAAAAAAGGGCGUAAAAUAAUUUAGAUGCCACAGGUGACUUUUGUCUUUGGUACCGAUGAUGCUUAACUAGACGCACUAUCACCUGUAAUUUUGUACUGUUCAUAAUGGCCGAUAUUUAUCUUAUGGUUGUAUUUUUUUCUUAUCUGUAACACAGGAGGAGCUUGUGGAGAUAUUGUUGGAUCACUUCCAAGUAGAGGCUUGUUACCUCCAGGAACAGGCUGUGUUGGCCAUGUACUCUUACAGUGCUAUUUCAGGAAUAGUUGGUGAGUUGUACAGUUUUAUGCUGCAUCCUCUUAGACUAUGAGCAGUCGCUCUUUUUUCUUAAUCCAUCGAGCAUAACGCGCAAGAGACGAAAAUGAUCACGUGCGUGGCGCAUGGCACGAGGCGAAGAGAGACUGCUCGUAGUCUAACAUCCUCUUGAGCAGGGUUGUCAAAAAGAUUUUAGGUAGCAGGAGAAUAACAGAAAGUAGCCAGCAUGUGUUUCCCGGCGGGGCCGGUAGGGGAAGACAUAUCACUAUUGAUAUAAACAGUUCAAUCCAGGUUAGUAGCAGCUGUCAAACAUGAUAGCAUCGAUACUGCGUCUGAAUUACCAAGUGAAACUUUGGUGGAAGCAUGCAAAAGUGGAAAGUGAGAGGCAGUAAAAUUAAAUGCAAAUCAGAAAUAAAUUGGUUCGAUCAGGAAUGCGAAACAGGAAACCUGCAGUCCCUUGGGGACAAAAUUUCUCAUAACUUUAAUAAUUAAAAACUGAGACAACUACUGCGAGACAAAAAGAAGAGGUUCAAACAAACUUGUUGACUGAAGAAACGGGAGUCUAUCAGCAAAGCCAUGUCUAAUAUCGAUAUGCAGAAAUCGAAAGGGACCUGGCGACAGAUAGGAAAAAUCUUUAACUUAGGAAAAAGGAAAACACAUCAAACUGAAACAUUGAGUACGGAACAGUUUUAUAAAUACUUUUAGCAACAGAAUGCGACCCCUCUCAAUAAUAUAAUAGAAACGGAGAUGAAUAUUGAAACCCACAGUAACGAAAGAGUAGAAGGCCCAGUUGAUUAUCCAAUAACUGAUGAAGAGUUCAAAGCCGCAAUUAACAAACCGAAUGCAAAAAAAUUUCCAGGUAUCAAUAAUAUAAUUAUUAAAGGAAGCAAUAAGAAUCGGAAAGGAAGCCAUUAAAGGGCAUUAAGUAAAUUUAUUUAUUCCAAUCUUACAUACUGGCAAAUACCCUGCUCUUUAGAGUUUUAGCCUCAUUGUACCUAUUCAUAAGAAGGAUGAUCAAUCCACUAAGAAUGUGUCUCCCAGGUGGGGGAAAACACAUCACUAAGGAUAUGUGUUUCCCAGGUGAGGGAACACAUAUUACUAGGGAUAAGUGUUUCCCAGGUGGGGGAACACAUAUCACUAGGGAUAUGUGUUUCCCAGGUGGGGGAACAAAUAUCACUAGGGAUAAGUGUUUUCCAGGUGGGGAAACACAUAUCACUAGGGAUAAGUGUUUCCCAGGUGGGGGAACACAUAUCACUAGGGAUAUGUGUUUCCCAGGUGGGGGAACACAUAUCACUAGGGAUAAGUGUUUUCCAGGUGGGGAAACACAUAUCACUAGGGAUAAGUGUUUCCCAGGUAGGGGAACAGAUAUCACUAGGGAUAUGUGUAUCCCAGUUAGAUAAGGUGCUUCACGUAUAGUAACAUAUCGAUUACGAUUAAUACAAUUUCUUUUUCUUUUUUCAUUUUUACAACUUUGUUAAUCGUCCAUUUUUUUUGCUUCUUUUUAGCAAUAUGUUUGGCGCCAAAAACCUUAAGGUAGCCGGUGAUAGCGCCGGUUUGCGGCGCAUUUUGACAUCACAUCUCUGUUCUUGAGUGGGAACUCCCCUUAAAAAUAAAGGUGGCAUCUUCGUUUCUCAAAUGGUGUCCAUGAUUUGAUUUGUAGUUUGGUCCUAAACUUCUUUCGUCUCCAGAGCUUUUCAGCUAGAACUUGGGAGGGGCGGAAAAGACCUGGGUAUGAGGUUGACUCUCCUUUGUAGCCACCUAACCCAUCCUGUAUCCUCUCCUUUUGUAAUCAAUCAUGUUUUACACUGAGUUAAAAAAAUAUUGUACUUAUUCUUUUUUUUGUUAUCAUUUUCAGUGGAUAUUGGGGAUCAUAUCGACGUUAUCCCGGUAGUUGAAGGUAAAAAUCGCGUUUUAUGUUUUCCUUAAGCUCACAUCAAGUUACUAAAAUUAUCAAUUUGUUUUUUAUUCAACAAAAAAGAGUAUUAAUGGGAAACCUUUUCCAGAAAUUGGCACCCAAAUUUCUGACAGUUAAGGAGAGUCAAAGCUACUACCUGUAGGAAUUUUUUGGUUUUUUUUUGCUGCACGUGCAAAGUUGCUUUUUUGCUAAUAAGACCUAUUGUUGUUUUUCACCGUUCUCCGGCGUGGCUUUCGCCGCUUAGCAUUACACGAUUCUAUAUUUCGUUUGAACAAACUUUAAUUAUUAUCGAGAGCUUCGUUUUUAGCCCUGGCUAAAUCUAUAUAUUACUAAACCGUAAAAUAUUAUAACUCAAUGCAGGGUGUAUGAUUGAAUCUGGGACUACAAGGCUUCCAUACGGAGGAAAGCAGAUUACAGACAGUUUUACAAGACUACUGACAGAGAAGGGAGUACGGUAAGACACAGCCAAAUAAUAAGUUGUUUUUAAUUUGGCGUCAUAGCAGCUACUUAAAGUAAUUACUUUGGCCAACGAACCAACAGGAGCUGCAAGCAAACACCUCUAUCUACAAUCUUGGACAAAGCUGUUGCGAAAAUUGUAUACAUGGGGAGCAUUUUCUACACAUCGUAACCGUACCGAUUCUCCCCUCCCCCCUUCCCCCUGGAAGCUAGUAUUGGUGGGUCUCCCAAAGAAAGCCGGAUCCCUGAGUGUUUGUAGGAAGCCGUUGAUUUGGAAAUAGUUUUGUCGCUUUAGGUAGUGCGCAUUGACGAAAAAAAUUUCUCAAGUAUUUUUGUCCCGGAUUGUGGCGUGUAGUUCGAGUACACGCAAGGAAGCAGAGUCUUGUUCUGGCUUGUUGCUUGGAAAGUGGCGCCAAUUUUCGCCAAUCGUCAGUUCAGUUGCGAAAUCUUCGCGCGUUUUUCAAAGGAUGUUUUUACCCUGACUUUGAGAGGUAUCUUUUUUGCGUAGUCGUGAUUGCCUCGGAGAUGGCCUGAAAGCGGUUAAGCACGUAAAGAAAAGCUUCCGGCAUCCACUCUAGAUGCGUUCUUCUGAUAAUUUUCCUUUUCUUUUUUCGAUGUUAGGUUUUUUUCAGAAGUGGAAUCCUACAUCUCUAGAGCCAUCAAAGAAAAGGUAUUAAAGCCUCCACAACCUUGCGAAAACUAACGAAUACGACCCUCCUUUCUUUACAAACCACGCCUGCAGGUCUCAUUUGGUGAGAGUUCUUGACACAUAUUUUCUCUUUCUUAAUGUCUUACCCACUCUUGGUUUUCAGGUAUCGUUUGUCGCGAGACAAGUAGAUCAAGAAGAAGAAGAAGUAGAUUGUUCAAUGGUCGUGGAUUUGGGAAAGUACUCUAUUCCUGGCGGAACGAGGUAUCUUUUUACACUUGGCUUAACUGGUGUAGUUUGGAACUGUGUAUCGCUGAUAGUUUUGCGUUACCCUUGCCUAAGAAUUCUCUAUGCUUUUCCGCUGGCUAGAAAUCGCUGGUAAACCAACCAUUCUAGUUGAUAUAAAUGUAAAAGGACAUUCGCUUGAAGGUUGAAUGUGUUAGUGAACCAAAAUUUGCUCCAAACGUUUUAAAAACGGGCUAAACUUUCUGGAAGAUGUUGCCUAGGUGUUACUUGACUAAUCUGUGUUUUGAACAGGGUUCUUACAGAGUCCUUAAUUCUUGAAAAAGUCUCCAAAUUUUCAGACCAGUUUUCCAGGCCUGGAAAAAGUUUCAAACGUAAAGAUGAAGUCUAUAAAAGCGGGGGGAAAAUUGGCUUUUUAAAAAAAGACUGCACUGAUUGGUUUAAAAAAAUUUUAACCAAUCAGAAGUCUUUUAAAGCUGGUGUCCUUAUCAGUCUAAACGCUUUGUCACAUUAUUUCUUCUCCUUUUUCAAGGGAAGUGACCGUAGACUCUGCAAGACACCGCUGUACCGAAGGACUGUUUAAACCGUCCGUCUGGGGUAAAGAUAAUCCGGGAAUUCAUGAGUUGACAGUCAAAGCCAUCAUGGCCUGCAGUAUUGACAUGCGCAAACAAAUGUGUCGAAAUAUCUACCUGAGUGGGGGAGGGUCCAUGUCUCCAGGUUUGUUUUCGAAAGUUUAUCAUAACUAGAAGCGCGUUUGCGGGUGACAUAAAUGAAAUCCCAACCAAGAAUUAUCAACCCCUCUGACGUUUUAGUUGCGUUAUAAAUUGGAGCAGCAUUUCUUCGUUUUGUGAUAGAGCACGUGUCUGUUUUUUGCGUCAUGAAACAUUGAAAUGUAAACCGGAGUUGUUUCACUCAAGGAAUUUUUGAAUACCUUACUUCACAGUCAGAGCAGAUGAUGAAAACCCAUUACCCCGGUAGUACUGUGUCUACAGUACUGUCAUCUGCAUUUAUUACGAGUGACAGCGCGUUAGAUUUUAGGUUUGUUUUUAAGGUUUUUCUUCUCAUAAAAUUCGUUAACUCCGCCUUAGGCUAUUACUCCAUUUCUACUCAGUGCUCGUAGAACUUCACUACCUGAAAACUUUUAGGUGUCAAUAGAGAGGAGAAGUCGUUACGUCACGUUGCCAUGGUAGCAAACCUUCUGGAUCGCAACAAACCGUGGUCCUGCAAAUAUGGCAGAAAAAAAACGAACAAAUUGACAUGACGUGUAUUACUUAUACUCAGGAACAAACGGGUAGCCCAUACAAUUCUUCCAUCGUUCGACAAUGCAAUUAACCGUCUCUGUCAAGAAAGAUUGUUAAAAUCCAGACCAUGGUACCAUGGUAACGUGACGUCACACUUCUCCUCUAUACUAUCAGAACUUUGCUGAGAAACUACUUGCUAUCAUCAGAGAACGAAAUGAUUGCACCGUGUGCAUGUUUUGUUAUCUGUUUUUGACUCCUGAAUUGUUUUCGCUUGAUUAUCGUUAUUAUUAUUUUGUCAUUUUAAGGUCUCGCUGAACGGCUCCAAGCGGAAGUAAGCCAGCUUACGCCUUUCAACUCACACGUGCAGGUAAGAAAUAACAAGAAACGUGAAAAGAACAGUAACGAUAAGAUAUAUGAUGAUCUUUGAUUCAGAGUUAAAAGUUGAUUGCACUGUAGUGCUGAAAAUUGUACUUCAUCCGUCUUGUUUUGACAUCCGCCUAGAAUGCGCAAAGGGGACGUAUGAAGAAUGAGACGCCUCACAUCUCCCCAAAUCCACCCUUUAACCCUUUAAACCGUAAGAUCAAAAUUGAGAUUCUCAUUUACUGUCCCUAUACUUGUUCAAUAGAAGUAGUGGGGAGAAUUUGUUGAAGUAUCAAUUAGACUCAUCUUCCCUGAUCAUAUACUCAAUUCUCAUGACCACUCUGUUUUCUAAAGCAUUGAUAUUAUAAGGAGAAAUUUGAUGCUGAUCACUCUUAGGGCUUAAAGGGUUAAUGCUAGGUCAUAAUAGGGAGCUUAAGCAGCGACGUUUUUGAGCGACGCACGUCAACCGGAAGUGAGGUAUUUUCCCUCUUAACAUGCCUUGAUGAUAUAAAAUUUGUAUUCCUUAGCUUCUUUACUGUUAUAGAGGCGAUUUGACUGAAAAUGUGCGCAAAACCACCGUCAAAAAAUGAAAAAAGGCCACUUCCGGUUGACGUGCGUCGCUCAAAAACGUUGUUGCUUAAGCUCCCUAAUAGUUUUCACUUGCGACGCAAACACAAGCAUAAGUGUCUCGCGUCAAGUGAAUUGAAACGAGCACAAACACCUGAAAAGGAAAUAUCGUGAUUUAAGUGCGCUUGAGCCGUUUUUACGAUGAAGUAAGGACUCUGAUGUUUUUGCCAGUGCCCUGUCUUGUAGAAAUCUCUCUCUCCCCACCGCGUAUCGCCUUUUCUCGCGUGGGGUGAUUUUCACGCGCGCUCGCGUUUCGCUCACUCAGGAAAAAUGGGGGACUACUCGUAGACUACCUGUCUUGUGUUUCAGUCGCCAGUGGAUAGCGUUAUCCACUCGAUAAUCCACGAUCCAGCGGAUACGUGUUAGGGAAACAAACUGCGUCAUCUUAUGGAUAGAAACUUAUCCAGUGGGUAGCGUCGAUUUUUCUCCUGUUGAACAACUGAGGCCAUGAUAUUAACUCUUGCUAUCGCUUUCGCUGUUUUUUAUUUGUCGCUUGGUUGAGAAAAAAACAUUUUUCUUUUUAUUCUACGGGUCGCAAAACGCAAACGCGCAUGCGCAAAUCUUUCACAGCAACAUUUCUUCACCUGCUUAACGGUCUGUUUUUCGUUACCUUGGAAACCAGGUUCACGCAGGAGUUGAACGUCAGUACGCUGCGUACAUUGGAGCCUCAGUGGUUGCCAAGCUCCCUCUGUUCACGGAACUGUGCGUGUUUAAAGAGGACUGGGAUGAAAUUGGUCCAGACGCUCUUGAAAAAUGGCUAACGUUAUAACUGGCUGUUGUUUCCUUGCGUAAACGAAUGUAGAGACAUAUCAUAACAACGUAACACUGCUACUCGUGAGAUCAAAAUUGAAGACAGAUAAGCCCUUUAUGAAAGACAGAAACAAUGGACUUUUUCAGCGAAGGUGA